CUUAGUAAAACUUCCUGGAGCCUCCUCUUCCCUGUUUUGCCAAGUUAGUGGAGCAGAGCUAGAAAAGUAUCUCAAGACUCUGAGUGACCUCACAUAUACCAUAUACCAGCUGAUCCCUGUGGGUGUACAGAACGAGGGGUUGUAAAGUAACUGCAAGCCAUGAGUGUCCUGGACUUUCACAUCAGAGGCGGACUGCACCCGCCUGGGGGUAAAUGGAGGUCCUAGUGUUACUUUUUAGGGACAAAGGGCAGAUUGUCUGGCUCAGUUUACCUUGUGUCUGACUGUGUAAUAGGAUUUCGGGGUCUGCGCUCUUACCUACCUACACAGCAACAGGAUGAAGAAGCCUGACCUGAAGGUGGUACUCCUGGGGGAUAUGAAUGUGGGGAAGACUUCCCUGUUACACCGGUACAUGGAGAGAAAGUUCCAGGAAACCGUGAGCACAGUCGGAGGGGCUUUCUACCUCAAGCAAUGGGGUCCCUACCAUAUCUCCAUCUGGGACACUGCAGGUAUUGGAAGUGGUGGGAACCUGGCUAUAGGGUGCUGUACAGUCACACUGCUCUUACUAAGCUGCACUCCAACACUGUAUCACAUUAUCCUCUUUAACCCUUUAAAGAUCAGAUAUACAAUAUGAAUGAUAUCUUACUGGCCUCUAAUGGGUUAAUUUAGCUCCUACGAGGUUGUCAGCCUGGCUAAUCUUUGCAGAUUUAGCUGAAACAUUCCACAGGACAAUCCAUUUCAGAAUGUAGAACACUUGUGAAGAGGGAUAGUUUGUCCUCAUUGCCUACAGGGAUUGCAUGUGAUUUUUAGUCACCACUUGUGUGUUCUGUUUGAUAUGUAAGAAAAUAACACUAUGUUUGCACUUCACAUAUGAUCGACACCCCUUUGCACGUACACACAUUCUACCUUUGCUGCUGAUAACAAAUAUGGGGGAUGGAAAGCCACUGGCUAGAGUGCCAUCAGCAGUACAUGCUAUUAAUAUUGAGUUGUAGCAAGCAGUAGAUUUUUUUUUUUUUGGAUUCUUAGAAAGCUGGCUGAGCAUGAUGAGAGUUAGACAAUCCUAAUUUAGAAAGGUCACACCGUGAUAAUUCUAGUGUAGUUUCUAUUUAUAAUACGUGUCAGUGAUCAGUGACAAUUCUAACAUUAAUAGGAAAUGAUUUUUGCUUGACUUCUCCUUUCUGUAACAAUAGGGAUUAAGUAUACAUAUUGUCCUGCUGUAAUGUAAAAUGGGUGGAAUUGCCAAUGAUUGCCCCUAUUUCUAGUACGUUAGACCACUUUUUUUUUUUAUAUAAAACCCCCAAUGUAUUCUAUUGACAGUGCAUUUGCUGUGCUUGAGAAUUUCCAGCUGUUGGUUUCUAUUUAAGGGGCCCAUUGCACAUUAAUGGAUGGCAUUUGUCGCCAUUUGUUAAAAUAUGUUCAAAUAUCUGCUCUGUGUGGAUGUUCCCUGUUGCUUAUAGAAAAAAGUUUGUAUUUAAGCGUUUCUCCAACCCUUUUUCGUUUAACGUAGAAUAUGCCCUUUUUGCAUUAUUCUGUUGUUCCCCACAUUAAAAAUUCUGAAAGAUCAUUUUAAAAAUAGAUUUAAAUAACCUUAAUGCAAAACCGCACAAAGCUCCCCGAUGUUUGGUGCAACCCCGUCAGACGUUAUUGGAAUUGCUCUAAAUUGCUCUCAUCGCACUCUGAGCCAGUGCGUGCAAAUAACACUGCACAUCCUAGGCUCCUACCACUAUGACAAUCUCAAAAAGCAGAAGUGGCCAUGGUGGUUGGAGUAACCCUUAAAAGAGACUGGGUAGAAGUGUGUCUUUAGGGAUUUAACCCUGCUCACACUGAGAUCUAUUUAUGGGUGUUUAAAUGCCUAAUUAGGGAGCUGCAAUAAUAACAUUGCAGGACCAAGACUGCCUCUAGUGGCUGUUAAUCAGACAGCCUAUAGAGGCAUUUGCUGGUGGCUAACCGACUUUUGGUUUCCUAAGUGACACUGGACUUCCUCACACUCUGCUUGAGAUCAUCCAUCGGAAAUCAUUGAAGCAAGAGAGAACUUGUAUUCGUUACACUAUAGAAUCAUGUUAAUCCCCAUUUAAAUGCAUGCUUGCAGCACUCACUAUGAGUGCUGCAAACAAAGCAUCGGUCAGUCUGGGCCCACAUAUUCUGGCGCCAGCUGAUAGAGGGGAGGAGGCCACAGGAAUCAAAUGAUACCUGGGGUUACCAGCAGGGAAACAUUCAAUUCAACUGAAUUAUUCUAUCAUGGGACUUUAAGGCACAGACAACCAUGAUGUCAUUGGUCUUUAAGGGAAAAAAUAUAGAAGUUCAUUCAAUUUUUGUUGACCAACACUGAGCUUACUCGGCACAUUUCUAUUAUAUCUGUGCUCUUGCAGUGGUUUCGUUUCUACUUUUUUUUUUAUUUGUAGUCUUCCUGGUCAGACUAGAUGGAACUGCAUUGCAAAAUUAGGGUACUGAUAGUGUGCAGUUGCAUCAAGGCCUAAUGUGAUGACUUUCAGAACAUCAUAUUGAUUUCCUAUAAGGAUCUAGCCUGACUCUAGACCACCAGACAUGACCCCAUGAGCAAACUUGGUAUUGUAAAUACUUCAGUCUGGCUGUUCUAAAAUUGUCACUGCACAACCUGUCUCACCCAAGUGCACCAUCUUCCUAGGUGGAACCUUAACAGAGUACCCUAGCAUGUAAAAGUAGGGCAGUCCUAGAAAUGGUCUGUGAGUCAAAUUUGGGGGCCAGCAUGUGAACAGAGCACAGGUGAAAGUCAAAACUGGUGCUAUCAAGACAUAUGUACUAAAGAGGAGAGAUAUGAAAGGAGCUGUGGGUAAGGAGCAUUAUCCAGGUCGCUGCAAUCAUAAUAGCCUGCAAGGAGUAAUUUGGCCACGUUUAAGUAUGAUCCAAUUGUAGAGCUUUAAAAAUUAGAGAGAGACAAGCUAUGUUCCUAAGAUGGAAGCAGUAGUAUUAAAGGACCACUCUAGGCACCCAGACCACUUCAGCUUAAUGAAGUGGUCUGGGUGCCAGGUCCCUCUAGGAUGAACCCAUUUUUUUUAUAAACAUAGCAGUUUCAGAGAAUAUAGUGGUCCUUUAAGCUAUUAGCUGGAUGUGAGGUGUGAAACGCAGAGCCAAUUACAAUCCUACAAUAUGCUUGUAAUUUAGUGGAAUGCUUGUAACAGCCUGAAAUAAUACCUAGAAAGUAGAGGUAACACAUGAAAGAGGAAAGAAAUGAUUUGUGCUGUUUAGGAGAGGCUGCAUUUUAAGAUGUAGACAGUUUGACAUGGUACAAGAAGGUCCUAGAGAUCAGGGAAGGAGACAAGCAUGUUCUCAGCAGACGUGCUGUACCGGAAUAUUAUACUAUUAUAAUUUCAGACAUGUUGCAUGUAAUGUCUCUUUUUACUUUCAUGAAAAUUGAUAAAACGUGGAUUUAUUUAUUUUUUUACUAAAGUUUAAAGGUUUCCUAUAAACAUGCUUACCAUGCCAGUCCAGUAAUGGUUAUAAUGCCAGGAGUACCCUCUAGUAAUGGGGUAAACUGUUAAGGAGCAGUUUGCUUUCUUACCUGGGUCCCAGCUGGGCUCUGAGGCUCCGUAUUGUGCCUUUAUUAAUGGUGGGGUUUUUUUGUUUGUUUUUUGUUUUUUAAAAUGUUUUCAUUUUUGUUGGGGUUAGGGUACAGAAUAGAACAAGGAAGUAAGAUUGUUACAGAGUUCGUGGAGCUUAUUUUUGCAGUUCAUGACAAUCUUGCAUAUGGAACAGGUUUAUGAUUUUUCUCUGGUUACAGUAUCUGUCGUUUGCUGAUACGAUAUUACUCUGUACAUAACAUUUGUUGCUGUUCUAGAUCUAAGGAUUGGGGAGGUGUACAGAAUAGGAAAGGGAUGGAAUUUGGGUACCCUAUUGUGGUGUGGUUUUUUUUUUUUUUUUUUUUAAUCUUUAUUUUUCUAUUUUGCAUUUUUUACAAGAAUAAGGUUGUACAGAAAUGUGAAAGAAUUGGAUUAGAGCACAGUUUACACUUGAAUGGUUACAUUUGUUUGCCUUGUACUUUUGCCCGUGCGCAUAAGCUUGUCUUAUCAACGGUGUUGGUGGUUGUGUUCCCAGAGAGGUUUUGGGGUUCGAGGGAGUAAUGUUUGCUGUCGGGACAGGGCCUCUCAGUAAAGUUGUUCCGUGUCUCCAGUCUGUAGGGGUGCGUUGGUUAUGGUGGUUUGGUUUUCAAUUAUUCGGUAUGAUUAGGUUGGUUGUGUGCUAGUGGUUGGAUGUUAUUUGAUAGUGAUGCAUGUCCCUGUGGGUCUCUCCACUUGCGUGUGUCUGUGUGGCCUUUUACUGUCCACUCCGGAUUUGUUGGGGGUAAGUGCGCGGCUCCGUUCCGUGCCCGGGUGUUGGGGGUAGGGUCCAGGUGGUUAUAGAGUGGGGUAGAGGGUUUGGGAGGAGGGGGUUUAGGUGGGUAGCGGUGUGGGUUGGGUGUUGAGGUUUGUCACCGUGCACUGCCCCAGCCAGUUGGGAUGGGGGAGGAACGGGGAGUGCUAUGGGGUUGGCAAUGGAUGUGUCGGGGGUGCUUUAUGUAUGCUGUCCGUUUUCUGUUAGGUGCUUUAUUAAUGUUUUAAUGCUAUACAAGUUUCCAGAAGAGCAAGCAUUAGCCUGAGCAGAAAUGGGUGGUUGUAAUUUGCUGAGAAUGUCAGCCGAAUGCUUAAAGCCUAUUACUGUGCCCAUUCCCAUAUGGUUCGGAGGAAUUGUGUAAUCUCUGCUUUAGCCACAUCUCCAGUGAAGGCGUUUGAGAAGCCAGGGAACAUUAUCUUUUAGGAAAUCACUGAAUGGAGUGACAGCACUAGUGGACUCAAAACGCUAUAUCCAAUUACAUGAGAUGAAAUGGUUAUAGUGACUACAGUGUCCCUUUUAAUCGAUGUACGUGUGUGUGUGUUUUCUUCUUUAAGCUUUUACACUUAUACUACCUACCUAUACUUCCACUUAUAAGUUUGAUUUGUAAGCAUAGGACUAACCUCAUAAUUUGAACAAUAUUUAAAGAACCAAACAAAAAUACUUGAAAUACUGGUCAAAGUCUUAACGCCAUAGGGAACAGUCUUGUCUAACUAGUUUAAGACUUUUGUAUUUAGAAAAGAGUUUUAGUGCUAUUAAAAAUUACAGUUAUGGAAUAAGAUUUACCUCUAGCAGUUCAUACAUACUUUACAUAAUUUACCAGUUACCCCUUCUGAGUGGAAUGAGAUCGUUCCACUACAUACAAGAUCAGUCACUAGCUAUUGUGAAUUUUUAAGGCCUUGCUAAUAUCAUAGUUACAUAGCUGAAAAGAGACUUGCGUCCAUAGAGUUCAGCCUUCCUCACAUGUGACUUGAUCUCAUAGGACUUGCAAUUUUUAGCUGUGGACUAGAUUAUUCAUGGGACUUCUAAGUCAAGUCUUAAAUCACAAAACCAUCUUGAAUUGCAUGCCGGAGCCCACUCAAUGUGUAUUUAAAGCAUCAGUCAUUAAAACUGAAAACCGAUGUAGUAAAACUUAAAGGAGGUUAAAGGAUCACUAUAGUGUCACUAUAGUGCCUUGAGGGUGCCCCCACCCUCAGGGUCCCCCUCCUGUGGUGCUGAAGGGGUUAAAACCUCUUCAGCAGCUUACCUUAUUCCAGUGCCGGGCUUCCUUGGCGCUGGUGAUCUCUCCUCCCCCAUCUGACGUCAGCAGAGCCGAAUGCACAUGCGCGGCAAGUGCCGUGCGAACAUUCAAAGUGUCCAUAGGAAAGCAUUUCUCAAUGCUUUCCUCCGGACACUCUGCGCGAUGGAGGUAUAAUAUGUCCGGAAGACAGCCACUAGAGGCUGGUUUAACCACAAAUGUAAACAUAGCAGUUUCUUUGAACUUGAGGGACCUGGCACCCAGACCACUUCAUUGAGCUGUCAAUCAGACAACAAGUCCUGUUACUUCCUGGUUUGAUUAUCUCAGUGUAACUAAACUAAAAAAGAGGCAGUGCACCUGCCUUGCAAAGACUUCUCAUUGAGGUGCAUUGGCAAGUCUGUCAUACUGGACAGCCACAAACAAUAUGAGAUGGGGAAUAAGGGCAGAGUUUGCAAAAGCUUUAGACUGUUCUGCAGCUGUUUUUAUUUAUUUAUUUUAAUUCUUUGUUUUAUUUGUGCGUGAGUUGAACAACCAUGUCUGCACUGCCAUAUCAGCAGGUGCAAGCACAUAUAUAAACAAUCGAUAAUAGUUAUAUGGCAUUGAAAAACAUUGCACAGUUUUUCUUUGUUUUAUCUCAGAGUGGGAAACAUGUAAUGAAGUGAGACACAUUUAGAGCUAGGCUCGGCAGUCAACCAGUGAUCGCUGAGAUUUUUCACAUGUGCACAAUUAAGAAUGAUGUUGAUGCGUUGUAUGAAUAGGUUUAGUGGUUGUUUAGUAAGCAGAUGUCUCAGUAAGCGAUUUGUAGUAGAUAGGAUUAACUGUAUAUAUGCCUAGUGUGUGUAGUAAAAGGUGAUGCUGGUAUGUUGAGUCACUUGGCUUGAAGAGUAAGUUGCUUGUAAUGAAUCACCCUGGCUGGUCUGACAUGCAUGGUCUGACACAGGCUCUGGGAGUCAUCCGCGUGGCGGGCGUGAACCUCGCCGGUAGGAGUCGACUUUCAGUUAGCCGAUACCCAAUCGGUCGUGUCGGUAUGGCAGGGUAUGAUUGUCCACCAGGGCAUGAUUGUCCACCAGGGCAGGGAUCCGGGCAGAGACCAUUUGCCACCAGGGCAGGGAUGCGGGCCAUAGCCGUGAAGGACCUGGGCAGCUGGAGGGUAGAAGCCAUCGGGGUAGGUAGCUGAGCGCAGUCCAGGAGAGCUGGUUGUCGGGUGCCACGCUUAACGCAGUUCUGGGACCGCCGCGCUGCUGGAUGUGCGGUCUGUGGGUAUGUGAUCGGCCCUGCUGUGGGUGUACCUUUCUUGGCUUCAAUGUCGUCAUUCUCUGGCGGGGGUAGUCGCCGUGUGGCGUUCUGUCCUUCUGGUGCUGCAGCUGUUAACGGCUCAGCCAUGUCCUCAUCACUGCCUGCCGUCGGCUCGUAUCAUUGUUGGGACGGGUAAGAGCUCUCAUGGUGGGCUACAAUAUAGGAUGUGGAGGUCACGGGUCUCUGUCUAGGCGACUUGUCUGUUGCUGUGGGCCCUUUGCAAGAGCAGCCCUUCUCUCCGACCUCGGCGCACAUGGCAUCCGCCAUCUUGUGUGCUGCGCCCGGGCCCCUAAUCGGGGUGGUGGUGUCAUUAGGCCUGGAUUGUAUCCGCCCUGGGCUGGGCCUCUGGUUGUGCACUGUCAGGCAGGAUAGCAGGGCAGCUGCCGUCCGCCCCACUCACCGCUGGCGAAGGCCCCAACUUGGACGUCGAAGACCUCACCUCCAGGGCACUGAAACUCGAGGAGCCGUCCUCGCCCUGGAUCCAGUGUCCCCUCAGCCACGAGGACCAUUGCAGUCGGUUGGUAUUUGGGUCGUUUUUCAUGUUUAUAAGCUUAUGCAGUUUGUGAACAGCAGGAGCUAUUCUCGCUUGCGACCGUACAGCUCAGCGGUCCGGCCCCGCCCCCCUUUUUUAUUUAUUUUUAAUUCUUUAUUCAGUAGUUUAACAAAGUGUGAUAUGUUUGGAGAUAAACAGGCAAAUGACUGCAUGAGUUACAUGGGUACAAAUGUAUGUUGUUGCUCAGAACAUUGCAGGUGUCACAAUAAUGUUCAAUCUAGUUACCAUACAUGUAGUGGUAUAAUGUCAUAACAGUACAAAACCUUUUCCUCUCAUUGACAUCUUCUUAAUAAAAGUUUGAUAAGAAACUAGGUAUGAGGGGAAGGGAAGUCUAUUUCCAACUUCUGUUGUUAGAUAGGAGAGUCAGAGCAUAAGGAUUAAAAAAAAACAAAAAAAAACAUUGUGUAAAGCUUUAACAUUGUGGUCCUUAAAGGGAAACUAUAGUGCCAGGAGGAAAAUGUUGUUUUCCUGGCAUUAGCGCCCACUCUACCAGACAGACAGCUGUUUACGGAGUUUGACUCAAUGAAACAAUGCUGGACUUCCUCACGCUUUGCAUGAGAACAUCCAGUGUCUUCAAAAACCCCAUAGGAAAGUAUUGAUUCAAUACUUUACUAUGGGAAAACCUAAAUGUGCUUGCUGCGCAUGCACUUAGGCCCCCUCCUCCCCCUCUGCACUUGUAUCACAAAGCUGGUGCUGAAAUAAGGUGAGUGAUAUAUAGGUUUUUUGUAACCCUUUAAUUUCCACGGGGGAGUGAGAAUUGCAAGGGGCCAAGCAGAAGGACACACUAUUCCUAAUACCAUAGUAUUCCUUUAAAUUAACAAAGUGGGUUGUUGCUGAACCCUUAUUAUUUGAAAUGAUAAUUUUUUUAAAAUGCAAGAAAUGAAAUGACCACACAACUCAUGUUAGAUGUGUAGUACUGAACUCUGCAGUUGUUGCUUUCAAAUAGAAAUUGAUGACAAACCUGUUUCAUUCUUGAACCAAGAAAAAAACAACAUACUAAUUGAGCUCCUCUAGUGCAAGUCUGGAUAUACAAGGACAUACAUAAGAAAAUUCACUCAGAUCUGUCCCACAUUUGCGUGGUAUGUUUGUUUGUUUUUUUUUGUUUGUUUUUUGUUCUUUUAUAUUCUAUAUCCCAUAGACCAUUAAGUUAACUUCCAAUAGUCAAGCAGCUUUUACUUGCUGAGUAGUGUAAUUCAUACAGCCAUAUAAAAAAGCUAUGGGAUAUAUCAGGACAUCUGCUUGUAUACCUUUUUGCACAAGCAUAACAGACGUUUAAUGUUUUUCUUUGAUGAAGGCUUGUGUACCAGGAACAGGUGUGACUGAACCCCAACACGGGGUCUAGUUUUGCACCGCUAUAUAGUUCUUCUCUACUCCUGUAUCUCUAGGUAUCCUUGAGAAAUUUACAUAAUUUCUUGACUGUAAGACCUUGCUUACUCUCUUACUAUCUAAUCCUUCUUCCAGGCAGGUAUCAUCUUCCCUGCCUACUCCCUUCUUCCUGACAUGUAUUGUCCCCUCUGCCAAGACCUCACCCAACACCAUCUUUACGAGGACACGUUUUGGCUCACAGACCGAAAUGAUUAUGUUCAGUGCCAACAAGUCCCCCACAACUUCCAUAACACUUUAGUCGACACCAGGAUGGUGACUGCCAACACCAAGGAUCAAUAUGGGCAUAUUUCAAUGAUUACACCUUCUUACUGCACAGUCCAACUUGUCUUGGGUGCAUGGUCACAUUCACAGAAUUAUUCACCAAAGCGAGAAUUCAACGUGAAUUUGAAUACAAAGCACAAAGGCCACUAGCUGAACAGAAAGUAUUGCUGAUUGGAGAAAUUGUUUUUCCAGUUCAGCUAUUUCAACCAUAAAUUCAAAUAAACUUUGAAUUAUCACUUUGGUAAAUAUCCCUGACCAUCUUAAAAUAUAAAAUAUCUGUAUUUCAAGCUCUGGAAUGCGGGACUUUAUUUUUUAUUGAUACAAUCUAUUACUAAAGGGGAGGGGAAGCUGAUUGAGCAGUUUUCAUCAGAUUAGACUGAACUAUAUAAAUACAAAAAGAGAAGUCCUGCGCUCACUCCCAUCACUACUGGGCCGGCAGCAAUGACUACAGUACACAUCAGCCGCAAUAUAUAGUAAAAACCAAAGAAAAGAAAAAAGUUACCUGCGCUCUCUCCUUAAUCCCUAUGUAUAUUUAGACAAAUAUAAAAAAUACCCCUCUCUGUCUUAUUAGAGAUAUCUUUGCCAGAAGCUCAAGGAAGCAGGCUGAAGGGUCAGUGUUAGGACCUGCUUAGGGGGGACUGCCUUGAUAUUGGCAGGCGGGCAUUCCCUCCAAUGGCCAUUGGAGCAACUAAAUGACCUCCAUUUGUCUAAAUAUACAUAGGGAUUAAGGAGAGCGCGCAGGUAACUUUUUCUUUUCUUUGGUUUUUACUAUAUAUUGGGGCUGAUGUGUACUGUAGUCAUUGCUGUCGGCCCAGUAGUGAUGGGAGUGAGCGCAGGACUUCUCUUUUUGUAUUUGUAUUUAAUUUGUAUCACACAGCCUUGUUACAAUGCUGCCGCCCUUCCCAUGUGUUCCCUAUUAAGGGUUAAUAAGUAUAUAGGGGUGUAUAUAAAAAAAAUACCCCUCUGUCUCAUUAGAGAUAUCUUUGCCAGAAGCUCAAGGAAGCAGGCUGAAUGGUCAGUGUUAAGACCCGGUUAGGGGGGUAUGCCUUGACGUUGGCAGGUGGGCAUUCCCUCCAAUGGCUAUUGGAGCAACUAAAUGACCUCCAUUUGUCUAAAUAUACAUAGGGAUUAAGGAGAGAGCGCAGGUAACUUUUUUUUCUUUUCUUUAGACUGAACUAUAUGAUGCAAACAGCAUUUUUAACAUUUUUCUCUUCUUCUGCCGGAAGUCCCAGAAAGCAAAAGUGCUGUAAACGCAUGUCUUUAGUGCUGAGCUCUACAUAGAUGCAGCCAAACCUAAACAUACGGACAUUGAACACUGCUUUUGUUACUGACUUUUAAGGAGUGAUACCAGAAAGAUAAGUCAUUACAUGAGUUAUAAACAGCUCUAGCUGUUUUCUGGCUCUGGUUGCAGAGGGAACUAUAGUAUUAGGAAUACAGAUUUGUAUUUCUAACCCUAUAGAAUCCCUUUAAACCAGGGUCAAACUCCAAAUAUAGAAGAAAAGUGCACUUAUGAAAAGGCAAUAGUGUAUUUAUUGCACAUCAUCUGUUAAUAUCUUACUUGUAAAAAUGGAUAGAACCUUUAAUACUAAGAGUUCCAGAACCAAAUUUGAAUUCAGUAUUUGAAUAUAUGUCAGCUCUUUCUUUUACCCAAAUAGCUCUGCAAGCCAGAAGAGCUCUGGUUGGUAAUGAGUAUCUUAUUCUAUGAGAUUGUAUGUAUAUGUGUAUGGCCAAAACUAUUUGGACACAUGACCAUCUCACCUAUAUGAGCCUGGUUGAUGCCAUAUGUAUUAAUAUGGAGUCUUGUCCCUCAUUUUGAGGCAGUAACCACUCUUCUGGGCUUUCCACAAUACUUAAGAUUGUGUCUAAGAAAUUUCUUCUCAUUCAGGCACUUAUGUAGUAUAUAUGAAGGUCUGCCUCAAAGUCACAGUUCCAAUUCAUUCCAGACAUGUUCAGUGGGGUUGAGUUCAGGCUCUGUGCAGACCAUUUGAGUUUCUCCACACCACAUUUGUAAACCAUGUCUUCAUGAACCUUUAUUUUUAUUUAUUCUUUUUAAUUUUUUUGCACUGGGGCACUGUCAUGCUUGAACAGGAAAGGGAAUUUCCAAAGCAGUUGCCACAAUAUUAGAACCACCCAAUUGUUUAAAAUGUCUUUUGUUAUCCUGUAGUAUUAAGAUUACUCUUCCCUGAAAUUUAGGGGCCUUCCCCAAACCAUGCAAAACCGCCUCAGAAAAUGAUCUCUCUUCCAUCAAACUUUGCCAUAGACACUGUGCAUUCCCAUAGAUGGUGUUCUCAUUGGCAUUUGUCACACACAGAUUUUCUUGGCAGACUGCUAGAUAGUUACAUAGGAUUAAUCUCAGCAGAGAACACGUUUACAUUGAUCCAUAGUCCAGUGGAUUUAUGUUUUACACCCCUCCGGCUCUUUCUUUGCAAUUUGCAUGUUGAAGUAAGGCUUGCAUACAGCUACUCGUAUAAUAAUUUUCAUUUUUGAUUUUAUGUUAGUAGUUAGUCUUAGUUUUGACCCCCCUGGUCCCUUCUCAUUUAAUUAAUUAAAAUUAUACUAAAUUAGCCUGUACAUACCUUUUUCCCAAGAUUCCAUCCUUGCAACUUCCCGCUCUGCAUCCCAUUUUAUUUAAUCUCCUUUUCAACUUCUCCAAUCAAGUGCAAAAAAGAUAAAUUGAUAAGAAUGGCAUAUUAGACCACAAUGAGUAUUUAUUUGCAGAAUAACAGUCUAACAGGGUUCCAUUGUUUAAACAUGUUAUAUUAUGCUGCCUACUACCUCAUAUUUAGCAGCCCACCAGCAUUUGAGUUUAGAAGCCUAGUUGUUUAUUGCAUUAUGUAUGUAUUGUGGGGGAAGUGUUUUUGACAUUGUUUGAGAUGUAUUACUUCUAUUAAAUGGAAAGCAUUUAUUCCUGCAUGGUCCACAACCAACUUCAUAAAUGAGUCGUGAUAUCACUCAUAAUAUGUAGUGACUGCAGGGCUGAUUAAUCCACAUACUGUAUUGUCUACCAAAAUUUUAGGCCAAAAUUAGACCAUACAGUUAGUAUGUUGCUUUAUGGAACUUUAGUUCAAUAGUUAUGUCAGUGGACAAAACCCUAUAACGCUGUGUAGUUUGAUUUGUUUUUGUAAGGUACUGGUAUAUGUUGGUAUGCCUUCCAUGUCUUGUUAUUUUUGUGUGUUGUGUGUCUACCAUUACCAGAGAUGGUGUAGCCUGCAUUAGCAAAAUGAUUGUAAGCUGGACUGCACCUCACUAAACAACUUCGGCUUCCCCACUCCCUCUUACUCACCAACUAAUCUGCCCAGCUGCUUCACAUGCACUAGCCAUGCAUAGGAAACUCAGUGUACGCAUAUGACUUUUGCAAAUAAAAGAACAAAGAAUGCUGAUGACCAAGGAAAUAAUGACAUACUGAUUGUCUGCAUAUAGAAAAUAAAGAGCAAGUGUAACAAUUGAUUGUGCAUGUAUAUCUAUCUAUAAAAUCACUCUGUGUAUAGAGGGAUUUACAAUGCAGAGCAGUGUUUGUCAGUAUAUCGCUGGAUCAAUAUAAAUGACUGCACUGCAGUUGAAGAUUGCAUUUUGUAGGGAUGAUGAGGGAGGAACUUAAAUGUUGCUUGACAAAUGAGGUUGAGUGAGCCUGAGUGAAUAAUAUACUGACUCCUAGUCUUCUCCAUCUCCGUGCUGGGGAAAUAUCGGUAAGGAUACACAGGUUGAGUACCUGUGGAGUAGAAAGAGGGUCAAGAGUUUAAUUAAUUACUUAUUUUGCCUCCCUUAUAGCCCUUGCUGGUAUGAUAGCACCCAUAUAAAUUACCUUUUUAUUUUACUUCCUCCAAUACAUUAUGAUUUGUUAGUCCAACCAUUGUAAUGAGCCGUGGAAAAAGUUAGCAUUUUUGUAAAUAAUAAUAAUAAAUGCUUACUCUAUGCACCUUAACGUGGAAAAAUAGAUGGACAUUCUUCAAGCUUUCCACCCUGACUACAUUUUGUAAAUCUGGCUCAACAGUUCCACUAGCCAUUUGCAAGUGGAAAUUUUUUUUUUGCCAUGGACACUCCGGGUUUGCAGUAGCAAAUCAUUUUUGGCCUGUCUACUAGCUUAGAACUUAAUUUUGAGUCUUGCUGUAGAAUAUUCUAUAUAUUUCAUUUAUUUCACAUAUUUAUAAACACUAUUGAGGUCUUACUAAUAACCAAUUGUGCAACAAAAUGUGUGCAUAUGGGCAUUAUGUCAUGUAAAUCAAAUAAAUUCGCUUCUACUACACUUGUGUGACAAGACCAAAACAUGUUUGUAAGCUUAUUUUAGAUGAAAAUCAUAAAAUAAAGUACAAGUGCUGUGCUUUAAAAUUUCCUAAUUUUAGUGAGCUUGCCCCCUGCAAAACAUCGAGCAUGUAUAAUUCCAUAUAACAUGCCAGAAAAACUCUAUCUAUCUAUCUAUCUGUAAUUCGUGCAAUACUGUAAUAUUACUCUGUUAUGACCAGUGCAAAAAGUGGAUUUGUGAGGUGUUACACUCACAUUUCAAAGAGUCUAGAAAGAUCGCCUCUGAUCACUUGCGCUUUUGUGGUAGCCCAGCACCACUCCUCUGGAUCUCCUCAGUGUUGGUCUCAGACAGAAUAAGAGACAAAACCAGACGACUAGUGCAGGAUCUAAAGUAAUUUUGGUUAUAUACAUUGUGCAUUAAAAGGAAAUAUGCUCCCCUUAUGUAGAGCAGACUAUUGAAGUGUUAAGUAGGUUUAAAUUGAACUGACAAGUUAAUCUGUAGAUAUUUUUGCAGCAUCUUCUGAGGGCUUGCACACCUACCCACAAGUGAUUGUCAGGAAAGUGAGGCACAUUCAGUUGAAAUCUUAGCCUGUUAUUUCAAAGGACAAAUUAUGUUACUUUACUGCACAAACACUAUAUAGUAGUACUCAGUGGAUGACAUCACACCGUACAUAUAAAAACAUGAAUUGUGUUGUGACUGACUGACCCUGUGCAUAAACUCAGAAAAGUACUUUCAGACACUAGCAGAUCUUUACAGCUGCUGCCAUUAAUUGAUGGCGUUUAAAAAUACAAACAGAUAUGGUGAGAGAGGAGUAGGAGAGAGAAACAAGCUGGUUGUCACCAAAGUGUUAGGGAUUUAACUAAUGUCACAAGAAUCUCACAGCUGCUAUCUAGGACCAGGGCUGUUACUCCAACAAAUGUUGGGUUUAGAGGGUUGUCCUUUAUUUUUGUUCUUCUUAGAUUCUCUACCCCUUCCCAAUGCACAAUGUCAUCUAGUAUUACUGAUGCUGUUGAAUGCAACUCUCUUCACCUUCUUUCAAACACACAGACAUACACACCAUAGUGUAUCUAUGAAGUAUAUCAAUGGAGUUAUGUCCAGUGCAUGUGAUAUGAGAUGGUAAUGUGACUCCCAAUAAAAUUGGGUGACUGCAUAAAAGUAUGUUGUGUUUCUGUGUUAUUCCUCUGGUGUGUGCUGGUGAGACAUCGAUGUUGGAGCACCCCCAGCACAUUAGAUCUUCUGAUGCAAGCUUUCAAUAUGUUUUUACUUGGUUGGCUGUCCAACACUUUUGUACCAUUCAUGAACCUAAGCUUUGCUGACACGACCAUUCUGAAUUGGGGUGUGUGUCACUGAGAUGGCAGCUGUUUCGACAAUGCUUUGUGGGGACGAAAUUUGUGUGGUAUGCAGUGUAAUUUGUAUGUAGCAGUGUGUUGCUACAAUUUUCAUCUGACAGCUGUUUGUGAGCAUUUCAAACAAAGACACUUCUCAAACUGUUCUGAAAAAUGACAUAGUCAGUAUUAUUUUGAGUAUUUACUAAGGUUUUCUAGAAGUGACGAUUUUCGUUAUGGUGAAGUAUUUGCAGGAAUUUCCAUUUCAAAAGACUGCCAAAUUUAGAGUGGCUGUGUAAAAAAAAAAAAAGUGUUAGAAAUGAUUUAUGAAUUGUAGGCUACUUUUUCUGUUGCUGAACAAAUAGCAUAUAUUCCAAGAAAUGUCUGUUAUGGUGUAAUAAAAAAAAAAAAAAAUGGAAAAAAAUCAGAAUAGAUGGGGGGAAAAAUUAGUAUUAAAUGUGUAGGCAAUACUUUUAUAAAGUGGCAUUGAAGUGUGGUUGGCAUUGUUUUUUUUUUGUUUUGUUUUGUUUUUAGGGUUUUUAUGUAAUUUGCUUUUAGUUUUUCAGUUUCCUUUUCUUAUGCCUUCAUUUUAUUUAUCUUUUCUUUCAGUCUGCAGUUUGCCUCCUUGUGAGUUUCCUUUGAUGGAUGAUUUGUGGAAAAAUUAGCUAAGCAACUGAAAUGGAACUUUGCUUAAGGCCCAACACGUUGCCAAAGAUCAUGCUUCCCAUAAGAAAAAGUACUCCCUACUUUUUCUUAUUUUAUAAAAAAAAAGGAAAAGAAUAAAGUAAAUUUAAAUACAAGGGAAAUAAAAGAACAAAAAACAUUAAUUUAAAAAACUAAACAUACAAAGCAAUAUUACUGCUUUAAGGUAUAGCUGUUCUAAACGGAAAUCCUUGUUACCCAGAGAUUUUGCUGAUUUUAAGAGAUUAUCUUUUCAUAUUUUUUUUAAUUUUAUUUUUUUAAAUUCUUUAUUUUUGCUGUGCAUGAAAUAACUUUCGCAUGUCAUCAAUGCUAUAACAGUAUUCUUAAACAAUUUGAAAACACAUAUUAGUUGACUGUUGUACAGCAUUCAGAUCACACGCACAAUUUUUUAGGUUAACAAUACAAGCUGGGUAACUACGUCUAUCAUAAUGGAUUUCUUUGUCGAUUAGUAACAGUAGCUGAAGAUUAAUAUUUAUGUUGCAUCUCGGUGUCAUCUACAUAUUUAAAGUGUAUGCGUCCUCUAGAUCUAAUGGAGCGUCUAACAGAUUAUAAAACCACUGGUAGUCAGUAUUGGUGCAGAGAGUAUUGUUAAAGUGAAAUAAGGGGAGCUGCUGCGAUGCAGUAACUCAGCUGCAGCAGAAACUUGGAGUCUGCCAGUUUGCCUUCAUGCAGUGUCUCCCUUGAGCUAGUGUAUGGGGGAGAGCCCAGUGUCAAGAAGUGUACCUAGAUUAGCGUGGCUAAUAAUAUAGGAGUGUGCCUAGUAUUGAGAGGUGACUGGGCAGUAAGCUGUAAUAUUAGGGGAGGUUAACCCAGGCUAGAGAAGGGGAGCUGUAACCCUCUGGGUCGUAAAUUAAACAAGUGUCAGUUCAUGCAGAUUAGACAGUUCGACAGCCGGAAGGUGUGUGCUCACGAUGUGAAAUACGGCUUGCCGGCUGUGGGGCUGAGUAAUGGGCGUCUCAGCCUAUGCCCAGUGCUGGAAUGUCCCCUGGUCUGUCGCAGCAGGCACCUCCAAUGGAGCUUGUGGGCUCGGUUCCUGCUCCAGCGGUGUUCGGCAUGACGGUCUCCUGUUCAGCAGUACAGCAGUCAUCCAAUGCUGUGUGGCAUGGAGCUGUGCUGAUCUGUGAGUCUUGGGUCGGGUGGGUGGCGUGCAGAUGAGGCUUGCUUGAUGCAGCAGCUCCCAUGUGAGCGGGAGAGUCUGUCUGAGUGGCGUGUUGCUGUUUCCCGCUUUGUUGUCUGCAAUGUCUGGAACACGCUCUGGAAUCGUGUAUUAAGUGCCCAUAUUGGCGUCGCCGGGUCACAGGGCGGAUCCAGGAGGCCACUGUUUUGACUACUAGGAAGUAGGGCAUUCCACGCUGGCAGAGCACUGACCAAAAUCUCCUGCAGAGCUGAUUGAAAGCCUCCAGAGAUUGCAUAGGUGGCUGGGUUAAUGUGCUCUUUGUCUGCGGCUUGCGCUGAACCGCCAUCUUGCGAGUGCCUCGUUAGUCCGUUGCCCCCGCAGAUUAUGUAGCCGGUACGCUUGUCAACAGUUCUGGUCUGAGUGUCCAGUGGGGACCGGGAUAACCCCCACCGGUCCGAGGGUGAUGGUGUCGGGGGGAGCGUCCGCCUCUCCCCGGCUCAAGUCCCAGUAGGCCGCACGUGGCGUUCUGUCCCGACGGGCUCCAGAAAGGUGUUGCUUGAUUCAGUGGUGUGCCCCCGAUCUGGGUGGUGCACCCUGGUAGUUCCUUGGGCUGUAUAGCCACCGAUUUUGCCCCAAUUUCUGUCUGCCAGGCAGGAGCUUGUGUGACCCACGUCUGCUCUGCCUGGUGGUCAGGCUCCGCCCCCCCUAUCUUUUCAUUUUUGAUGUAUUGUGAAAACCUGUUCUAACAUUUUAAAAUGUCACUUAAAACGAGUUUGAUUAAAUCUUGAUUAGUUAGGUGUUUGUUUUUCCAGGAUAACCAAUGCAUAAUAGGUAUUGCUGUUCUACAACUACUGAAGGUGCCCCCUGGUUCUUACAUUUUUUACAUUUUUAUACUACCCUUUUUAAAACCAUACCUCAAAUAGGUGUUAACAUUGCAGAUCCACUUGAAAAAGUUUGGGAACAUACAAUAAGGUGAUGUUUUCUUGAAAUAUAAAUGGAACCUUUUAUAUAGAAUAAGAGCUCUGCACAAUGUACUGCUCUUCUAGAGGUAGUUAUGGGGAAUGGUAAAUGUGAGUGUUAUUCUUGCUGCCAUCUUGCUAUUUUUAAUGUCCUAUUAUUUCUUUCUUCUUUUUCUUUAUAGGUCGGGAGCGGUUUCAUGGCCUAGGGUCCAUGUACUGCAGGGCAGCUUCUGCAGUCAUCUUCACUUAUGAUGUUGCCUGCAUGCAGAGCCUAAUGGAGCUUGAAGAAAGAUUCCUGAGUCUGACCGAUACAGUCAGUGAUGACUGCAUUUAUGCCGUAGUGGGGAACAAAAUUGACCUUACCGAUGGUGAAGGUGAUGGAGAUGAAGAAAUAACUCCUUCUGGCAAUUCCACCAAGAUUCGCAAACAGGUUCAUUUGGAAGAUGCUUUUGCCUUGUAUAAGAGAAUAAUAAAAACUAAAAUGUUAGAUGAAAAUAAUGUCCCGCCUGCAGAAAAAAUGUGCUUUGAAACUAGCGCAAAGACUGGGCACAAUGUUGACGCUCUAUUUGAAGGAGUUUUCAGCAUGGUUGUACCGUUCUUAAAAAAGAAAGGACCAGAGGAUACUGUCAACCUUGAACACAGCAAUCACCAGCUAGCAGGAAAGAAGGGUUGCUGUUAAAUAUCAAAUUUUUUUUUUCUUUUUUCAUAGCACUUCUCAAAAAAGUUACUGUUGUGGUUUUCAAGUCAAUGAACUAUUGUUUGAGUAAUUCAAAAUGAGCACUGCAAGGAACAGUAGACUUGUGGUUGAAGGUCAUUUGAGGUUAUAUUGAACUACCUAUUGGCGGAUGGAUAUCAGCUAUCUGCUGAUUAGAGGAUAGCAAAUUAAUCCGUCCUGUUUAGAGCCAUGUGGCUUGUGCAGCUACAGCUUGUGGCUGACAAGUUAACAAUCUGUGAUCAAUAUUGCAGAAGCCUUUGUGUCCAUGCUAGCUUAAAGUUGAAGAAAAGCAUACACGUAAAGAGGAUGUUCAGCUUUCUUGGUGGACAUGCAACAGGUCAUUUGCUUGAUUGCCAACAAAAGAUAUAAUUUAGCAAACCCUAUGGUUGGAUAUCCUUGGUUAGAGAAUCCAUUAUUUUUUAUUAAUGGCCUCAGCCUUCGUUAUAAGCCCAAGUCUGUAAAGGUAUUGUGUGGGUGUUUGCACAGCGGAACAUGACUUCGCUGCAGAUGCCUAGGAUGCCCUAUUAAGUUGCCUUAUAAUUAUUUAUCACCUUUUCCACUGAUAAACACUUAACAGAAACUGUUAAUUCUUUGAGUCAUAUUUUUAUACAUGUGCAGGGAUCCUCACCAUAAUUCUAAUUACAGAUGGAUAAAUUAUUAAACAUUAGUAAUACAUUUAUUUUCUUGUUCAAAGCAUGUUUCAUUUGUUAUAGGAAAUAAAAUGCUAGGUGCAGCAAAGAAGCCUAUUUAGCAAGCGUACAUCCGUGUUAGUAAGGUUUCAAAAUUACCAUUCUUGCUAGUGUUUCUCUUUGUGAUGUUUUCUUUCAUUACCAUUAUUAGUAACCAGAGCUUCUCUGCUGGAAACUCUGCCAUCUAGUGGCUCAUCAUAUCUUUUUAUAGAAAAAUAAGAGUACUUGCAUCAUUCUCCUUGUUUGAAUGUUAUUUGACAUUACCACCACUGACCUGUUGAGGUGAAUUCAGCAAUGGAAUGGACACUAGUUCACUGAAACCUUAGAUAACUUAAUUUUUUUUUAAAGCUACCUUUUUUUUAAAAAAAAAAAAGAUGUGUAUUGCAACUGUAACUUUUUAUUUUUUUGCCUAUUCACAGUUAACCUGGCAUCUAUAUAUUGUAUGGAUGGUGGGGUACAACUUUUGAUUAGUAUAAAUUCAAUCUACAUACUGUUCUGGUGAUUAUUAUUAAAAAUGUGGCCUUAACUAAAGUUCAUUUCCUUCAUGGUGCCCUGAAGUGGACCUAAAUUCACAUUCAGCCCCCAUCUUCCAAAUCAUAUGGUUAGCAUUUCACUAAUUCUAGAGUGCAUCACUUGAUCCAGGUAGGUAAUAAUUAAACACUAAAAUAAUAAUUAGUUGGAAUAGUUAUUUAAAGUGACAACAACAGUCAUGCUGGUCCUAUUUAAAAAAAAAAAAAAAAUACAAUAAAAAACAUAGACUAUUCUGCCAUGAGCUCAUACAUGUCUGAAAAUAAAACUAUAACUCCUAGCAAGCAAGGCUGCCAGAAGCUGCAGAAUGAAGACAGCAGUGACCAAGGAGCACUUUUCAUUUUCCUCUAGGAUGUGUCCUGCUCUUCACUUUGUAAUAAAAUUUUAAUAAAAUCUCAAUUUGUUUUUUUUUAUUGUAACUGUGUGGUCAAAGUCACGGGUAAUCAAUUUUUGCUAAAUUUGUCUAUGGAAUUCUAUCAGUAAAACUCAAAAAGCUACAGCGGUGUGUUUUUAUAGUAGCCCCUGACUCAUGGGCUUAAAAAGUCCUUGUAAAAGUAAAUAUUCCCACAUGUUAAUUCUUUCUAUUUGUUAGAAUUUUUGGAAUGUCUUAUUAUUUUUUGUGUGUGUGUAUAUGUUCAGGUGUGCAGUAACUAACCAAAUAUAAUUAAUAUUCAUAAUGACAAAGUCUAAACUGUAAUCCUGUAUUACUGACUAAAUCUUAUUUUAAAGAUGUGAUGUGGCUACUUGCUUUAUGUUCUUUAGAGGGAUCACAA